UAUUCCCGAAAAUGGCCGCUUCGGGAGGAAAUAUAGAAUGGUCGACUACGAUAAAACCAAUACUAACUGCGCUUUACGGCCCGUUUUUCGACAAAAACGACGCCGUAGAAAUUAUACAAGCCAUCAUCAAAAGUGAAACGGAGUUCCAGAACCAUGAAGAUAUCUAUGAUUUGUUCUACACCUGCUUCGCGUGCCUGUCUGCACACUUCAUCAGCAUCAAUGCUAGCAGCUUACCAGCAGAUCAGCUAAGCACAGCGCGCGAUGCCUUCAGGAUCAUACUUCGACAAAUUCUAAAGAAGCUGUCAGAAGCCGGAGUCAGCUGUGACGAUGUGACCACUACCGUUGCACCCAAUGUCUCCGUCAAGCAGCUUCUGCUGCCAGUCGUAGGACUUUGUGGGAUCGACGGCGGCGGCUACCCCCAAUCAGACCUGGUGAUACUGACAUCCCUGCUCAAGAAUGCUAAACUACCUGCUCAUGUUACUGUACCCGAGCCGCAAACACCGAAAUCGGUGAUCCCGAGCCCUAUCACAUCACUGGCAUCGCAAACCACGCCUCCGGAGAAGCAACCUCCUUCCACCGCCCAGAGGCGCUCUGAUGCUCUCCUGGAGCAGCUGACGGCGCCUCUGCGCAACCCCGUGACGUCAGUGCCCUCGGCGCAGGGCCCGCCCGCCGCCGUCGUCUCGCCCGGCAGUAAAGACAGCCUCGAGAGUGCUAAAGAGACCAGCUCUACACAACAGGCUGCUGUUGAUAUGAAGAAGUGGGUGGCAUCAACGUGCGCGUCCCUGCUGAUGGAGCUGCGAGCGGGGUCCGUGGUCCUCAAGGUGUGCUCGUCGCUGCCCUGCCUGCAACGGUACCUCAACCGCUGGCAGGCCGCCAAGGACUCCUGCGUCGCGCCGCAGUUCAACUCUGACGCCUCGCUGCUCCAUUUCCUGGUGAACGAGGUGCAUGUGUGCCGGCUGGCGUUGUCCCUGCCGUGCUUGGAGCCGUUCACACCGGAGCGUAUUGGCACGCUCAGUGACGUCAGCACCGCUUGGCUGCUCUGUGCUACUGCUCAGGCAUCCCUCCACCCGAAGGAUGAAGAGAGCGAGCAGCAGACAGCCACCCUGGUAGAGAGUGCGCUCAGCCUGUACAACACCGUCGGGGAGACCUUCAAACAGUCUACUCGGGCUGGGGGAUAUGUAUAUCAAAACCACCUGAUGAUCGGAGCGUGGGUGCUCCUGUGCGGCCUGCACCACGCGCUGGGCGGAGCGCCCUGCCCCUCCGCUGCCACCGGCAAGAGCCCCGCUAAGGCGCCCUCCCGCCCCUACAACCUCACCAAGAUGCAACAGGGCGUGGGCGUGGUGUGGGUGGCGCUGGGCGGGCGCUGCCUGGCUUGGAUGGGCGCGCUGCUGGGCGAUGCGCGGCUGGAGGCGCUGUCGUGCGGGGACGCGCAGCCCGCCGCGCCCGCGCCGCUGCUCGUGCGCCAGCAGCACACGGCGCACCAGCGCGAGCUGCGCCUCGCCGCCGCCGCGCCGCUGCACCAGCUGCUCGUGGCGCUAGGCGUGGUGUGCUACCGCAAGGCGACCAACCUGAAGCGCGCGGUUGUUCAGAAACAGCAUCAAGACGCGGACCCCGACCGCUCCGACUCCACCGUCUACUUCCAGGACAUGAUACUCUGCUCCGAGGAUUCAGAGACUGAUGAUGACAGCGAGCCGCUAUUCGGGCUGUGGUUCGAGUCGACGCUCGUGGCGCCGGACGCGGCUGACUCGGGGCUCGUGCGCGCCAGCGCCGGCGCCGACGCGGCCGACGCCGCGGACGCUCCCUCGCGCCCGCACCAGGCCAUAGUGCCCGACAAGGCGGAGCCUUAUUCUUACAUAACGUUGGCGACUGAAGUGUUCACCCUGCUGACACAAGAGAUCAUCAGCGAGGGCUCGGAGCGGCUAGGGGCGCCCGCGUUACAGUUGCACGACGCUCACAUCGCUCUGCUGGCCGCGCUCGCCAAGGACCUCGACCGGGAGACCGCGCGCACUGACACCGGUACAAUAUCCUCCUGCUUCGGCGUCCGUCUGGGCGCGCUGUACGCGGCGUUCAGCGCGGCGCUGGUGCGCUACCUGCACAACCUGUCGGGCGGCGCCGCCUUCUCCUCCCUGCAGCCCGCGCUGCACCACCACCUGCUAGCCUCCGCAGCCGCCGCUGCCGACCGGACCAACAUCACCCCGCUACAGGUGGGUCCCCGCGUGGUGAAGCUGCUAGGUAGCAUGGUGCUGAGCAAGCCGGCGGCCGAGCGCGAGAAUAGCAUCCUGGCCAUGUGGCACAAGAUCGUCAACACACUGCAGGAGUGCGCGCUGCAGCCGCAAGCCUCGUGCGAUCACGAUUACGAAGACUUGAACGUGGAACACGCUCAGCUACUCGUCUACUUAUUCCACUCGCUGACGCUGAUGCAGAAAAAGUCUGUGCUAUUGAUGACGUCGAACGCCAUCAUUAAGGUGGUGGAGACGCUGGGCAUCAACGACCGCAAGCGUGCCAUGACCCUCGCGCCGCAUCAGCUCAUGCUGACGACCAGGCUGAUGCUGUUGCUGGAGUAUCUCAUGCGACACUUGUAUGAUGCGCCGCAGACUCUGUUGCAACAGAUCGAAUGGAACCUGGUAAUUGCGCCGGGUCUAGCGCAGCCAUCAGCGGAGACCGGCGCAGCAGGGUCAAAGACAACCACGGAGAGCGGGCUGCUCAAAGCUCGCAUCUACUGCGAGGUGCCCUUGAUCGAGACAUCCUACCGACGACUUACGCAGGACGAGUCUUCUAUGAGGCCCCGGUUCUACGCUCUUACCAAUGCUGAGAUUAAUAAUCAGGAGAAUCCCAAGUUCGACGGGCUAGCAUGCAACUUCGUGCUCGGCACGCCGCACAAGCUGAAGUACCCGCUACUUCUGGACGCGUUGUUGGCGCUGCUCAACUCUGCGUGCGUGUGCGACAACCCGCAGUACCACGCGUCGCCUGCUGCGCUCUCCGCUGCGCACUACUGCUUUCAGACUGCUUGGAGGCUAGUGAUAAGCAUGCCGCCAGCGACGCCUCACAUGGACAAGCUGCAAGCGGGCAUAUCGGCCGAGCUGCCGUCGCCGCUGCCGCUGCACGCGAUCAUUUGGGCGCCGCGCGCUGACAACAAGAAGGUGUUCAACCCCUGGCUCAAGGACGCCCUCGUUAAGCAGGGCAUGUAUACCCAGUACGCUGAGAACCUUCUAGCGGGUGUAAGCACGUCGUGCGACAACAUCAAGUACACAGCAUGGCUCGCAUCCGAGACUAUCAAACAUUUGAAACAGAAUAUUACUCCGAGUGGUCUUCCAUCCCUUCUGGAUGUGAUCUCAUGUGACGCGGCCCUGGUUCGUCUGAAAGUGUGUCUCGCGGACUCUGCGCAGGCGAGCGAGGCGCACCAGUUCAUGCCCGACUUGUUGGACUUGCUAGAGACUGUCCUCGAUUGUUGCCGGCUAAGCGCGGGGCUGGAGCUAGCGCCGCUGAUGGAGUGCUCGAGCAACCAGGCGGAGGCGGCGGUGGGCGCGGCGCGGCUGCAGGUGUGCGGCGGCGCGGCCGUGGGCGCGGGCGGCGGCGGCGCGGCGGGCGGCGGCGCGGGGCCCGCGCUGGGCGCCUGGCUGCGCGCGCACCUGCCGCCGCCCGCCGCCGCCGCGCUCGAGCGCCUGGCCGCGCCGCCGCCCCUCGCCUGCAUCAACUUGGCCUUCUACGCGUCGCACAUCAUCCCGUCAGAGAGCGCGGUGCUCAACCUAGUGUCCUCGCACUGCGAGCUGAUCAGCACGACCCACGGCAAGUACUCGCCCGGCCCGUCGCUCAUGAUGCUGGCAUACUCAGCUGCCAAGCUGCUGGAAGUCGGGGCGCCCAAGCUGGCUGACAACCCUGAGCUUAUGAAGAAAGCGCUUGACCUCAUUGUGCCGGCUUUGACGGACGGUCGUCUAGAGUUCAUGUCGGAGCCGCUAUCAGCAACCCUCAACACGCUAGUGCCGCAGGCUCAGAAGGCGGAACAACUUAUCCACGAGCAUAUCCUCAAGACCACUUACAUGGUGCUCGUCGACAGCCUCCAGCCCUCCACCGAGAAGACGCUACGACACAUGGUGAAAUAUUGGGAAAAGAUCUUAGACCGUCCAGCGGGGCGACUGGCGUACGAAUCCGUGUUCGCUGAAGGCACGGGCUACUCGCUCGGCAGGAUACUGCUCGCUGCGCCCAACGCAAGAAGUCCGUACGCUGAGAGGGUCAUCAAGCUAUUCAUCAAGAUAUUCUCUGGGUGCGAGAGCUCGGAGCUGAGCAGUGCGCUGUGUAUCUCAGUAUGCAAGUUCAUUGGCGUCGCCGAUCAGCAGCGUCUGGGAAGCUUGCUCGCGCACAUCUGUCUCGGCACGCCUUCAACAAACGGCGCGACAGGGACAGCGAACGCGACCCCGACAGAGACAGAACUACCGACACCUACUUCGUCGGCACCGGACGCGGGUAACCCGGCAUCGCUGGCACUGCGCAACGCGCUGCGCAGCGUGUUCCGUACCGAGAGCGACUCCGCGCCGCGCACCGAGAACGCGCAGCCGCGCACCGAGGAACUACCCGUGUUUGAUGCGCCAUCGCCAGCGCCUAGAGCACAAUCGGACACUGCGCAACAAUCUGGAAAUUCUGCAGAGUGCAGCUGGUCCGACGGUAGCAAGGACAGCGCGGCCGCCCCCGCCGCCACCACCGAGCCUGCGCCCGCGCCGCUAACCGAGUCCAACGAUAACGCCGCUCUACUCUCCGCCAUCUGCAAACAUGCGCAGCUGCAUUGCAGUGAGGAAGUAAGCGAACGCAUGCUGACUACCCUGAUCAGCGUGUGCGGCGAGAGCGUCGUGUCUCCUCUGUUACUGCGGGAGAUGUGUCGCCUGGCCGACGCGCACACCGGCAACGACCAUAGACAGCUGUUCCCUGCCGCUGUCAACUGGCUCUCUGCCUGCGUGGCGAACUUAAGCGCUCCCGAGGUGCUGGAGAAGCUGGAGGAAGGGCAGGUGGAUGGCAACCUGGCGCCGCAGAUCGAGUCCGCGUGUGUGUUGCUCUCAUACCUGGCCGACGCGCUGCAUUCCAUCAACACGUCGCAGCCGCACACAUGGCGCUCCGUAAGCCCUACAUGGGAGUCUCCCUCAGACCUUGGAUUCGACUUUGACUACACAGACGAACAACAGGAUGAUGAUGACACCAGCGCUGAUGAUUCGGACGAAGACGCGAUGCUGCAGAAACUAUGCACGUUCACGGUGACGCAGCGCGAGUUCAUGAACCAGCACUGGUACCACUGCCACACGUGCAAGAUGGUGGACGGCGUGGGAGUGUGUACCGUGUGCGCGCGCGUCUGCCACCGCGGCCACGACGUGUCCUACGCCAAGUUUGGCAACUUCUUCUGCGACUGCGGCGCUAAGCCCGACUCCAGUUGCCAAGCGCUAGUGAAGAGAUCCGUGACGCUAGGCGGCGUGCGCGGCGCGGCCGGGACCAACGAGGAAGCGCCGCCCGCGCCCUCGCUACGUCGCCGCCCCUCCAGCCCUACUCCACCGGCGCUGUUAGCUCCACCUAGACGACCAUUACUAGCGUCUAAUAUCCAAGGGUGCCGACCAUUCCUCCUCGCAUACCCAGGCUGGGGCGUGUGCAUGGAGCGCAUCCGCGCCCUGCUGGCAGCGCUGGCCACGGGCGUGCGCGCGGCGUGCUCGCGCGGGGCCGCGGUCGGCGCGCACACCCGCGCCCAGCGCGCGCUGGCGCAGCUGCACCUCGGAGAGAAGAGAUUCACUCACACGGAUACGCUCAUGCUGCCUACACUUGGUUCCCAAGAAGGCGCGUUCGAGAACGUGCGCAUGUCGUACACGGGCGAGAACGGGCAAACCAUCCGGCAGCUGAUGUCAGCACACAAAUUGCGUCGCGUCGCCAUGUGCUGUCUCGCGUCGCCACACGGUCGCCGGCAACAUCUCGCUGUCUCACAUGAAAAAGGAAAAAUAACAGUGCUACAGUUAUCAGCGCUGCUAAAGCAAGCGGACUCAUCGAAACACAAGCUAACGCUGACGCGGUUAUCAUCGGCACCGAUACCGUUCACCGUAUUGAGCCUUAGCGGCAACCAGUGGAAUGAAGACCUGCUGGCUGUGUGCGGACUGAAGGAAUGCCAUGUGCUUACCUUCAAUAGUGGAGGCGCCGUAGCCGACCACUUGGUGCUGACCACGGGCCUAGACGCCAACAACUACAUCAUCAAGGCCAUCUGGCUGCCGGGCUCGCAGACGCAGCUAGCACUUGUCACCUCGGAUUUCGUCAAGAUAUUUGACCUCAGCAAGGACCUCAACAACCCCAUGCAUCACUUCCUUGUGCCUAGUGGAAAGGUCCGCGACGUGACGUUCGUGAACCAGGACGGCGUGAUGCACAUGCUGUGCAUGAGCUCUGCUGGCCACAUGUACUGGCAGCCUAUGAGCGAGGAGUCGCGCGCCUCUCUCGGCACCUUCUACGUCACCAAUACGCUCGAGGUGCUGCACCCGGAGAUACAGGAUGUCGCUGGUCUAGUAGGCGGUGGAGGUGUUUCCAUCUACUACUCUCAUACAUUGAAGAUGCUAUUCUUCUCUUACGCGCAAGGCAAGAGCUUCUUGGCGCCGCUCAACACUGUUGAAGAAAGUGUUAAAGGCACAGCUAUGAUAACGCUCUCCUCCACGUCGUCAUCUAAGGAGGGCGGGCGCGGCGGCGGCAAGGGCGGCGGCGUGCAGUCGCUGUGCCAGUGGGCCGAGGUGGCGGCGCACCCCGGCCUGGUGACGGCCGUCAUGCAGGCCAACAACAACCCUGUUGUGCUCAUGCUCACACCUAACAACAUUUUCGUGCAGGAGAUCAAGGUUGUCCCGGCCAAGGCGAAGAUAACGGACAUGGUAGCGGUGCGUCAUUGGUGCGGCGGCGGCGGCGAGCAGAAGAGCACGUUGAUCCUUCUUUGCGAAGACGGUAGCCUGCGCAUGUACGCCGCCAGCGCCGAGCACACCGGCUACUGGCUGUCGCCCGCCAUACAGCCCACGCACGCGCCGCGCCGCCGCCCGCGCCUGCUCACGCACGCCAAGGGCAAGGCUCAACAGGCGGCAACGAAAUCAAACGCGAACGGCGCGCCGCAGUUCCCGAUCGACUUCUUCGAGCAUUGCGUGUUGAUGACCGACACCGAGUUCGGAGGGAACGAUCUGCUGCAGGUGUACAACGUUGCGCAAAUUAAGCAUCGACUCAACACUACUGGACUAUACGUGGUGUCGACUAAGAUGAGCGGGUUCUCGAUGGAAGUGGUCAACUCGGAUCCCAACAUGGUCAUAUGCGGCAUCAGAGUGCUGCUGGGAAGCCAAGACGUCGCGAGGACACCCUCUUACGUUGAGGUCCAUGGCAGAUCAAUUCAGACGAUAGUGGUCCGUAACCGCUGGUUCGACAUUCCCCUCACGCGCGAGGAGUCGCUGCAGUCUGACAAGAAGCUCGUCAUCAACUUCGGACCUUCCCAGGACCCCGAUGGUGUUACCAUGGUUGACUCUGUAAAGGUCUACGGCAAGAAUAAAGAACAGUUCGGUUGGCCGGAAGAGAACGAGGACCCCUCAGCUUGCCCGUCAUCAAGUAAAGUUGCUCAGGAGGCGGAAGGUAGCGGCGGCGCGUGGAAACCGAGUCCUCUGGAGCGCCUCGCGUGCUCCGCCCUGGAGGCGCUGGAGCUCGGAGCCGGCGCGCCCGCGGCUUGUGGCGCCGCUGCCGGCGCUGAAGGGGGCGCCGAGUCGGCAAGGAAGCUGCUCUGUGCGCCUGCUAGUGCGCAUCUACCAGCUAGUGCUCAUCUACAUGCAAGAGCGCAGUGCUUGUUGCGCGCUGUUUACCAUAAUCACUACCAUCAGUUCAAGGACCAAGCAAUUCUAAAGUACGUGUGCACCUCGCUGAAGGAGCUCCGCGACACGGCGGACGCGCGCAACAUCGAUCCUGAGGCGUACUUCCGACUAGUGUUGCUGGCACGGGGCGUGGCUGUCGCGCGUCCCCACCACCUCGUCAAGUUCACAGCGCCUACGCCAGCCAAGCCCACUAACGGUGACUGGUCGAUUUACUGGAAGGGUAACUACGGCGAGGAUCCCCAACAACAACAAUCAUCAGACGAAGUCGGUUCCCACUUAUGCGCGUUACUGACGGGCGUGCUAUGGCGCCUGGCAGGCGUGCGCGUUACCACGGGCGGCGCGCCUGGCAUACUGCAGUACGGGCUCAGACACGCGGAGCAUACGUUACAUGCCCUAGCCGACACUGUACAUGCCUUCCAGUUGCACUCUGACCCUGAUACUAUCGACUUCGGCAACCAAAUCUACCUGUCGUUGCUCCUGGCGGAGGAUCAGAGCAUCAGUUUUGGCGCCAAAGCUGCUCUGAUGAGAGUCUUGCGGCCGCGAGUCAAGAAGCGACGCGUCUACAUACCAUCACCGCCAAACACACCAGGCGCAGGAUCGUCAGUGACUACAGCUCAGCCGACGAGCUCGAUCACAGAAGCUGUGGUCUCAGAGUCGGACCUCAGCGCCAACAGGGACGAGCAGCAAGAGAACCAGUACAUGGACGUCGACGACCCACUUGAGCCUAUGGUGUUACUGGCGCCCGAUGGAGGUCUGGAAGCACUUUUGGACAUCCCGCCAGACGCGGACGACGAGACGAUGGUUGAGCUGGCUAUUGCGCUGUCUCUGCAGGAGCAGCCGCGCCGCGCGCCGCCCGCGCCCUCCGCACCGCCGCCCCCCGCGCCCGGCUUCAGCGACGCCACCGCCUCGCCGCCCGGGUCUGACGACGAGGGCAGCACGGCGGCCACAGACGGCAGUACGCUACGCACGUCACCGGCCGAGCCGCCCGGCUCCGCGGGCUCGGAGAGCGGCGGUUCCGGCGCGGACAGCAUUGGCGGCGUAUCCGGACGCAGCAGCGCCUAUGGUGAGAUGGUGUCCACGGGUACAAUGCCGGCCUCCAACGUCGUCGUAGCACCUGUUGCUGUGCCAUCGAGCGGCCCGUCAACAACCACACCGCAGCCUGUAGCGUCGACAUCUCGCGCCGUCGAAGCGGAGAACGAAGCCCGUAAACUGCAUGCCUUGAGACUUUCCCUGCUCUCUGCUGCGCUUGACGCGUUGCCUAACCUUCGCUCGCUGCCUGGAGUACGCGCUAUACCAUUCGUACAGGUAGUACUUAUGUUAGCAGGCGACCUAGAUUCGAGUGUAGAAGCAGACCGCACGGUGCUUGACCGACUUCUGGAAGUUCUAGUCGCAGAGUUAGACAUCGUUCGCACAGAGAACAACGCAGAGAAUACCGCGGAUAGAAGAGACCUGCAGCUGGCCAUAGCAAGACUGGAGUUGUUAGUGUCGGAGUUAGAUGCUGCGCCCGCGCUGGUGGCGCCGCCCGUACACGAGCGCACUAACCGCCGCGAGCUGCAGCUGGUCAUCAUGCGCCUGCUCAGCGUGCUGAUGGCCCGCUGGAAGACGACCGCGUCCGGCGGCCAGCCGCCGCGCGCCGAGGUGUCGGGCGCCGCGUGCGCCGCGCACGUGUCCCGCCUGGCGGCCGCCGCGCUGGUGCGGGCCGGCGCGCCGCAACACUGCUUCCGGGUGCUCUCAGCUCUGCUGCCGUAUUGGAAGGAGAAGUCCAACAAUGCCGGCACCACACCGCCUGGACAGCAACUACUGAAACCUCAGCCACCGCAGCCGCUGCCUGACAUGCAACCGUUCUUCGUUAAGGAGUAUGUCAAGAGUCACGCGCUAGACGUGUUCGACAACUACCCGCAGCUACUUAUGGAGAUGGCAUUACGCCUCCCCUGUCAGAUACACAAGCACUGCGACCCGGCGCACUUCGACGCGCGCUGGCGCACAUUGCUGUGCGAGUACAUGAUGAACCAGCAGACGCCGCUCAGGAAACAAGUUCGUAAAUUGCUCCUCCUGCUGUGCGGUACCCGCGAGCGUUACCGUCAACUACGUGAUGUGCACGCACUGGACACCCAUCUCAAUGCGGCGCGUGCGCUGUUGACUACCGACCCUGCUUAUGACAAGCUUGUGCAACUUAUGGAUCAUCUUAAGGCAUGCGCGGAGAUAGUGAGCGCGCGCACAGGCAACUGGCAGCACACGUGCGUGUCUGAGCGCCGCGAGGCGCUGGCGUGGCUGGUGCGGGUCGCGCGGCGGCUGCACCCGCACGUGGCGCCCACCGUGCUGCAGCUGCUGCAGUGCGCGCUCUGCGCGCCGCACACGCACAGGCAGGACAACAAGCAACCGCAGUCGGAGUGGCCGGAACGCGAGCGCAGCGCGGACAGCGACGCGUACGUGUCCGAUGGCUCCAAGUUCCAGGAGGCGAAGGUGCCGCAACUCGUGCAGCAGAUACUCAAACAGGUUCCACAAGAUGAGCUGAGAAUGUUCGUGAAAGCGUUCCUGUUGGAGACUAACUCGACCGCAGUAAGGUGGCAAGCCCACGCAUUGCUUCUGGCUAUUUACAAUAACUCGUCUCAGUCCGACCAAGCAUCUCUAGUGUCGCUGCUGUGGGGUAUCUGGCCGACUUUGCCGCAGUACGGACGCAAGGCGGCGCAGUUCGUCGACCUGCUCGGAUACUUCACACUCAAGACUCCUGAUAUUGACACUGAGAAGUACGUUGGCAGCGCAGUGGAACUCCUUCGCAACCAGAACCAACUUCUCUCGUCUCACGGCAACGCGGCGCUGUACGCGGCUCUAAGCGCGUAUGUGGAGCUAGACGGGUACUACCUGGAGUCCGAGCCUUGUCUCGUCUGCAACAACCCCGAGGUGCCUAUGGCGACCAUCAAGCUGCCUACUAUCAAGAUCGACUCGAAGUUCACGACAACAACUCAAAUAGUGAAGCUGGUGAGCAGCCACAUGAUCAGCCGCAUCAGCCUGCGAAUCGGUGACAUCAAGCGCAGCAAGAUGGUGCGCACCAUCAACUUCUACUACAACAACCGCACCGUCCAGGCCGUGCAGGAGCUCAAGAACAGACCUGGCAUGUGGCACAAAGCUAAGCGCGUGCAACUUCAAUCCGGCCAAUCGGAAGUUCGCGUUGACUUCCCGCUGCCGAUCGUGGCGUGCAACCUGAUGAUGGAGUACGCGGACUUCUACGAAAACCAGCAGGCCACGGGCGAGUCGCUGCAGUGUCCGCGCUGCUCGCAGUCCGUGCCCGCCAACCCCGGCGUCUGCGCCAACUGCGGCGAGAACGUGUUCCAGUGCCACAAGUGUCGCGCUAUAAACUACGACGAGAAAGACCCAUUCCUGUGCCACGCGUGCGGCUUCUGCAAGUACGCGAAGUUCGACUACACGCUAACAGCGCGUCCGUGCUGCGCAGUGGACACGAUAGAGAACGAUGAGGAGCGCAAGAAGAUGGUGCAGACUAUAGGCGCGCUGCUGGACAAGGCUGACAGGGUGUACCGACAACUCGUCGCCAACAAGCCUGUGCUUGAGUCCCUGCUGCACAAGAUAAGCGAGCACCGUCUGGAGGGGCGCGCGGGCGACGAGAACAGCAACGCGAGCAACACGUCGUUCAGUGGCGCGCAGAUCAAUCGCGUCAUACAGACGCUUGCGCACAAGUACUGCGUUGACAGCAAGGGACACUUCGAGGAUCUCUCCAAGAUCAUACAGAAGGUGCUCGCCUGCAGGAAAGAACUGGUUGCGUACGACAGAUCACAGAGCGAACAACUCAAAGGAGAUACGUUGCCCGUAUACGCGGGACUUGUGCAAAACUAUGAUAGUGAUCUUAGUAAAGAAUCAGGCGGUGGCUGCUACGGCUGCUCUCUAGCGUGCGCUGAGCACUGCCUGACGCUGCUGCGCGCGCUGGCCUCGCAACCCGAGCACCGCACGCGCCUCUGCCGGUUCGGCCUUGUACAAGAACUCGUGCAACACAACUUGCAUCGCGGCACACCACAGUGUCAGGAGGAGGUCCGCGCGCUGAUCUGCCUGGUGACGCGCGACAACCUGCCGGCCACCGAGCAGCUGUGCACGCUGCUCACACAGCGCAUCACGCUCUCGCUCAUGGGCCACGCCGCCUCGCAGGACCAUAACAACUCGGUUCGUCCUCUAGUGCUGCUACUUGGAUCUCUGGUCAAAGUACAAGACUCUGUAGAAUGCUGGGAGUCUAGGCUACGCUGCAUUGUUAAGCUUUGGGUUUGGUGUUGUCCUCAACUAACGGAAGUGGCCGGAAUACCACCGGCUGCGCAUGCGAUUCUAAAGGCGGAAGCUUUGGCAGGCAUACCGGGCAUUAAUACCUCGUCCCCGAACUCGCACCAAUUCGCGCUGCAGCAAGUGGCGCUGCCGUGCCUGCGUUACAUGCAGCAGCUGAUGGCGCCUGUACCGCCCGCGCCUGUGCCCUCCACCGACUCUGAACAAUCCAAGGACAACAAGGAAUCAACAACCCCAGUGACUCCACCACCACCAACACUGGUCCAAGCGCAGCAAGUGCAACUGAUCCACGCGGUGAGCGCAGUAUCGUCCCCCACGGGCAACGUGGUGGUGGACCUAGCAGCGUGGUUGGCCGGACGGGUGCCUCACGGUUCAUGGCGGCGUCUCGCCCCCAUGCGGCAACCGUUGCCGCCUGGAGCCGCAGAGAUCGCGCCCCGAGAUAGGCACCUCGCUUUCAAGUACUCUGCCAAAUGGCGAGAGAGGACCAUGUUGUCACACGGGAUGCGUCCGCUAGCACUGGAAGACGGCGGCUGGCUACGGCCCGUCAUGUUCGACCCCAGCUCGCGCAUCGCCCGCGACACCGCCUGCCAGAUGGUGCGCUCCCUCUGCGACUCCUACGAACGGACCAAGGCUGUACUCAUCUUGCUGACGAGCUUCCUGCCCGAAGUAGGAGCGGCGGGUGAAGCCAGCGAGCAGUUUUUGCAACUUUAUCAAAGCUUGGCUUCGGAAGCACCGUGGAAGCAAUUCCUGGCGCUGCGUGGCGUUCUGCAACAGAUUGCAGACUUGAUGACUAAAGAGAUCGAACAACUCCACCGUCUAGAGGAAACCACUCUCACCUCCGACCUGGCUCAAGUAUCUGUGGUGGCAGGCUACGCGCUGAAGCGGCUGACGGAGCUGCUGGCCAUGUUCCUGGAGGAGGGCGGUGCACGGCGCACGUACAAGGGGAGACUAGUGGGCGGCGUGCUGGGCGGGUACCUGUCGCUGCGGCGCCUUGUGGUGCAGCGUACACGUCUCACCGACGACACCCAGGAGAAGCUGCUAGAGCUACUGGAGGAGAUGACCACUGGCACAGAAGCGGAAACAGCUGAAUUCAUGGCUGUAUGCAUCGAGACGGUGCAGAAGUACCCGUUACAUGACUACCGCACGCCCGUGUUCAUCUUCGAGCGGCUCUGCUCAAUCAUCUACCCCGAGGAGAACGACGUCGGCGAGUUCUUCCUGACUCUCGAGAAGGAUCCGCAGCAGGAGGACUUUUUGCAGGGUCGUAUGUUAGGCAACCCGUACUCCUCGCUAGAACCGGGCAUGGGCCCUCUCAUGCGCGACGUGAAAAACAAGAUCUGCACGGACUGCGAGCUGGUGGCACUACUUGAGGACGACAACGGCAUGGAGCUGCUCGUCUGCAACAAGAUCAUGUCGCUCGACCUGCCGGUUAAGGAGGUGUACAAAAAGGUGUGGUGCACGAGCGGCGAGGGUGUGGACGCGAUGCGCGUGGUGUACCGCAUGCGCGGGCUGCUGGGCGACGCUACCGAGGAGUUCGUGGAGACGCUCACGCAGACCAACGCCGAGGCCGUGGACGAUGAGCAGACCUACCGUAUGGCUAAUGUGCUUGCAGAUUGCGGCGGGCUGGAGGUGAUGCUGCAGCGUCUGGCGGCGAUCCAGCGCGUGGGCGCGGCGCGCGCUCUGGUGUCGACGCUGCUGCGGCUGCUGGCGCUGUGCACCCGCGUGCGGCGCGGCGUGCGCGUGCUGACCCGCGCCGACACGCGCGCGCUGCCCGUGCUGCUGCACGCGCUGCACCUCGCCGCGCAGGAGGAGCGCGACCUGCCGCGCGCGCACCUCGUCUACCAGCUGCUCGAGAUUAUGGAGCGUAUCCUAUCAGUUGCGGCGAGCGAUAGCCUCGAAUCGUUCCUACAGUUCUCUCUAACAUUUGGAGGACCAGAGUACGUGCAGGCGUUGCUCAAUUGCACUGAAAUACCAGGCAUCCGAAACAACUCUGUCGCUCUGGGUCACCUGACGCGCGUAUUAGCCGCGCUGGUCUACGGCAACGACCUGAAGAUGGCCAUGCUCGUCGACCACUUCAAGCCCGUGCUGGACUUCGACCGCCUCGACUCCGAGCAGUGGACCGAGGAGGAGUUCCGGAUGGAGCUCUUCUGCGUCCUCUGUGCCAAUAUUGAGAGGAACUCAAUAGGAGGAACGCUGAAGGAUUACCUUAUAUCGCUCGGCGUUGUACGUGAUGCUUUGGACUAUAUUGUGAAACACGCGCCGUGUGUGAAGCCGACGCUGGUGUGUACGGACUCUGACGAGCUGAAGGAGUUCAUCAGUCGGCCCGCACUCAAGUACAUCCUGCGCUUCCUGACGGGACUCGCCACCGACCACGAACCCACGCAGAUGCUGGUGUGUGAAAAGGUGAUCCCUAUCGUGCACCGUCUGGAGCAGGUGUCGUCAGGGGAGCACGUGGGCUCGUUGGCUGAGAACCUUCUAGAAGCGUUGCGCUCGCAGCCGCAGUGCGCCGCCAAGGUGCAGCAAGUGCGAGACUUCACACGACAGGAGAAGAAACGUCUAGCGAUGGCAGUGCGUGAGCGUCAACUGGGCGCGCUGGGCAUGCGUAGUAACGAGCGCGGGCAGGUGACGGCGCAGUGCUCGCUGACGCAGCAGGUGGCCGACCUCGCCGAGGAGGCCGGUGCUGUCUGCUGCAUCUGCCGCGAGGGAUACAAGUACCAGCCCACCAAGGUUCUCGGGAUCUAUACAUUCACGAAGCGCUGCCCAGUAGAAGAGUACGAGGUGCGCGCGCGCAAGACGCUCGGCUACACCACCGUGUCGCACUAUAACAUCGUGCACGUGGAGUGUCACAUGGCCGCUGUCAGGCUGGCUCGUGCAAGGGAUGAGUGGGAGAGCGCGGCACUACAGAACGCGUCGACCAAAUGUAACGGUCUGCUGCCGCUGUGGGGCCCGCACGUGCCCGAGUCCGCCUUCGCCAGCUGUCUCGCCAGGCACACUACAUACCUGCAGGAAUGCACGGGCCAUCGCGACAUCGGCCACACGUGCACCAUCCACGACCUGAAGCUGCUGCUGCUGCGGUUCGCGCGCGGCCGCACCUUCCACGACGACACGGGCGGCGGCGGCCCGCUCUCCAACAUGCAGCUGGUGCCCGCGCUCGUGCACAUGGCGCUCUACGUCAUCAACACAACCCGCGUGGCGGCGCGUGAGGUGACGGCGCUGGAGGCCUCGCUGGCGUGGCCGCCGGCGCGCGUGCUGGAGUCGGCGCAUGAUGCCGAGAGUCCGCUCUACUUCCUUACGCUCAUGCUCAUGCUCUACCCCCAUGCUAAGUGGCGCGCCGUGCGGGUGGACAUGCUGAAGCGGCUGGUGCUGGUGGGGCACGUGCGCGCGGCCGCGCCCACGGGGCCCGCCAUGCGCGCGCUGCCCGCCGAGCUGCGUGCGCCGCGCUCCUGGCCCGACUACAAGCCCUACGCGCUCUUCGUCGCCAUCAUCGACCAGCUCUACACGGUCAUGUUCAAGAACGUGACUGCGACUACAGUGGAGCAGUGGCCGACGAAGUUAGCGGAGUACAUCCGUCACAACGACGAGGCGAACGCGAAGGCAGCAGAGAAGAUAGUAACCACUCUGACGGAGGAGCUGUUGCCGUGCGCGUCUCUGAGCGAAUUCUGCGACGCGGCGGGGCUGCUGGCGGACCUGCCCGACCCCGAUGGCGCAUUGAACGCGCUGCUGCAAGAGCAACCCUGAGACACGCCUGCCUGGCCACACUGCCGCCCACCCGGGGGCUGCGCGCCAUGCUAACCUCUACUUAUUCAUCUAGUAUUCUCGGCAGUCGUCCUGUAUGUUACGCACGUUUGCACUUUUAAAAACUAAACCGAUAUCUUAAAUAACCACAUUUAGAUUGUUUAGAAUGCCACCACUAAUAAAACUUGUAUUCCUAAAUUAAAUAAUCAAUAGUCCGUAAUCAAAUGUAUUCGUUUAAAUUACGUUCAUUAUUACAGCACUUGAAUUGUAGCUUGAUUUCUUUCAACUCAAUAAAUAUGUUUCUGCUUA